CUCCAAACCCCUCCAAUGCGGCCGUCAGCUGUGGCCGCCCGACCUCGGAACUGGCCGCUCGGCGUAGAUUCCACGUCCAGUCGGGUGCUUGAAGAACAAUGAGAGAAGGGGGCGAGCGAGGCGCCGAACGGCCAAAGCCCAUGACUCUUGCGCGAGGCUUUUACUUCUCCUCAUCCGACAAACAUUCACUUUCACUUUCAUCUCACACCUCUCAUCCUCUUCCAUUCACUCAGUCUACGUUUUGCAAACCCCAAGUUGUGAUACCAUCUAUCUAGAUAUCCUCACAGAACUCAAAUCUUGAGUGAAACUCUGACCCCGCGCCCGACGUACUCUGCCCCUCUUCAAUUCUCUCGAUACCACGCAUUUCGACCUUCAUCAUGGCUAGCGAACAAGAAUACACCCUCGAGCAGGUCAAGGCUUCCAGAGUCGCCUCAGAUGACAUUGACACAACAUUCCGCUCAAGCAGCAUUGACUUGAUCUCUGCUGCCCUGGGUGGAAAGAUUCUCGCCUUCUCAGAUGAAUGGUUCGCCGAGGCCACCAACUUGUUGACGCCAACCGCGCCCAUCAGGCAACCGGGAAAGAUGGUCUACACCGGCGCCUGGUACGACGGCUGGGAGACCAGGCGUCACAACACGGAGCCCUUUGACUGGGUCAUUGUCCGUCUUGGUGUUGCGUCCGGCACUGUCGAGGGUGUCGAGGUCGACACCGCCUUCUUCUCUGGUAACCACGCCCCCUCAAUCUCGGUGGAGGGCUGCUUCAACCUCAACGACGACGAGGUCGUCUCAUGGAAGGGCGGCAGGGGCCAGUGGGAGACGAUUCUCGGCAACGAAGAGUGUGGCCCGUCGCAGCGCUUCGGAUGGAAGCUGGCCGAGCCCAAGCAGAAGCAGUACACUCACGUCCGCCUGAACAUGUACCCGGAUGGUGGUAUUGCCAGAUUCCGUCUCUUUGGCCACGCCGUGCCCGUCUUCCCCGACGACAAGGAGGCCAUCUUCGACCUGGCUGCCGCGCAGAACGGCGGCGUCGCCAUCUCCUGCAGCGACCAGCACUUUGGCACCAAGGACAACCUCCUGCUGCCUGGCCGCGGUAAGGACAUGGGAGACGGAUGGGAGACGGCCAGAUCGCGCAGCAAGGGCCACGUCGACUGGACCAUUAUCCGUCUCGGCGCUCCCGGUUACGUGCAGAACGUCGUUGUCGACACGGCGCACUUCCGCGGCAAUUUCCCGCAAAAGUCAAAGAUUGAUGCCAUCUCGUGGACCGAGAGCGGUGAGCCGGGUGCGGACGCCGCCGGCUGGACGGAGAUUGUGGCGCCUAGCAAGUGCGGUCCGGACGCGGAGCACGAGUUCCCCAGCGCCGUCAAGGACAAGGCAUUCACACACGUCAAGAUCACCAUUAUUCCGGAUGGCGGAGUGAAGAGACUGCGCGUCUUUGGCAAGAGAGCAUAGACGUUGCGCGGUGAGAACAAGAGCUAGCUACGUAUUCUGUGUCUGGAUCCCACGAACAGGGUUUACAAGCAUGGAAGCAUAGGCCGCGAAGGAGUAAAAGGCAAAACCAAAACCAAAUACGAGGAUAGAUAAACAAAUCUCAAAGAAAAAAUUGAAAUAAGCGAAUAAGGGG